CUUCCUAGAAACCGAUCAAAGCACCCCCAGUCAGUGUACUCUGAGGGUUGGUCUCAUCGCCACCAUCUACUGCUGCUGCUUCUCCAGCCGACUUCUGUAGAGGGUGAAAGAGGAGACGGCUUUGCAGGAUUAUUGUAAAAUAGGAGGAAGGCACGAUUGCAAUAGAGGCAUCUCAGACCCUUGGAUCUGCAUCUGAAAGGUGCAGCUCCUCCUCGGCAGUGGAGAAAGCAAGCCCCUGGAGAGUCUUCACGGCGAGGACAAGGCUUCUGUGAUAGCUGCCACGAUGCUCCAUUUGCGAGGUUCACAGAUGCUGCAGACAUUGGAGAAUUCCUUGAGGAAAUGCCUUCCUGAGUCCUUAAAGGUUUAUGGGACUGUCUUCCACAUGAACCAGGGAAACCCCUUCAAUCUCAAGGCUCUGGUGGACAAGUGGCCUGACUUUAAUACAGUUCUCAUCCGUCCUCAGGAGCAGGAGAUGACAGACGACCUUGAUCCCCACACCAACACUUACCAGAUCUAUUCUAAGGACCCUAAGAACUGUUUGGAAUGUAUUGGCAAACCAGAUGCCAUCAACUGGAAGCAACAUCUACAUAUCCAAAGUUCACAAUCCAACCUACAUGAAGUAAUAACGGGUCUUGCAUCUGCUAAGCUGGUCAAGGUCAAGAGAACACAGUGUGUUCUCUACAUGAUACCCCAGACAGCAAAGAAACUGGUUCCUUUCCUGAUGGCGGGUACAGAGAAAUUAGAUCAUAAAUCUGGCAGACCCCGGGCCAUCAAUGAAGAGAUGUUUAAACUCUCAUCACUAGAUGUUGCGCAUGCUGCCUUGGUGGAUAAAUUCUGGCAGUUUGGAGGCAAUGAGAAGAGCCAGAGAUUCAUUGGGCGCUGUAUCCAGAUCUUUCCUAGCUUAUGUCUUCUGGGACCUGAAGGGACUCCUGUGUCCUGGGCUCUGAUGGACCAAACUGGAGAAAUCCGAAUGGCAGGCACUGUUCCCGAUUACCGGGCACAAGGUCUGAUCUCUCACAUCAUUUACUCGCAGUCGCUGGUUAUGCACGAACGUGGCUACCCUGUGUAUAAUCACACGGAAAGAGCCAACAAGCUCAUGCAGAAGAUGAGUCACACUCUGCAUCAUGUGCCCAUGCCCUGUGACUGGAAUCAGUGGAACUGUGAACCUCUGUAACCCUGAUGUUGAACGCAAGGUUGUGUUGGGUACACCAUAAUAAAUGCUUGAGGAAUAGAUGGUGGACAUAGAGAAAAAAAAUGUAAUCAGCAAUAUAAGCGUGGGCAUUGCUUGGGAUGUGGGGAAAGAGUGUGAAAGGCCAACAUUAUAGCUCGGCCGGUCCCUGCCCUCUUAUUACCUUUCAGAUCCGGCAGACCUAGCAUGGCCGUACCUGAGCCACAGACUUUGUUCCAUUUUCUAUAUUCUGAAUACCAGUGACGUGUCUAUUCAGCCACAUGUGACUAUCCUCAUGUGGAUUAUUGUCCCUGAUGUUUUGUCAAGAGGUGGUGCUGCCAUGGGAAAAGUGUAUGCUUUUCUAGGAGCUAGCUUUCUCCUCAUGGACAGGUGCUUUGAAACGAUUGCUUCACUGGCAGUGCUGUGAUCUUUCUAUAACAACCAUGCUAAGUAUUACAUGAAUAAAUAUAUGAUACUAGAUAGGUGUGCUAUCUGGAAGACUAAUUUUUAAGAAAAUUUAUCAUGCAUCUUAGAUGUGUACAACACGAGGCUUUGGGAACACAGAGUACAAAUGUUUUCUAGAGCGAAAUAAAUUCACAAAUCCAGCACCUCACAUACUUGCCAAAUUUUGAUUUGAAAUUGAGCCAAAAUCUCAUUUACUAUAAAUUUCAUGCACAGUUCAAUGUUAUGGUCUUCAUGUUAUAAGCAGAUCUCUAGAUUUUCUUAUUAACGUGUCUGAUAGUUUGUUGUCCUCUGGUAUAAUUCUCUCUUUCUCAUCUCAUCCCUAACCUUGGUAACUAGCAUUUUAUUCUUUAUUUCUGAAUUUUUAAAAACUGUUUUAAAUUCCAUAUAUGCUAUAGUAAAUUAAAAAAAUGAGUGUUGGGCUAUUUAAUGUUUAUUAUCAACCCUAAGAUUAUCUCAUGGUGGUAUUAUCUAACCUCCUAUCACAAAUAAUAAGAUGCAAACACCUGUAAGAUUUUAUAAUUGCCUUAUUUAUCUUGGACCAGGCAGAUAUUUCACCUAAACCAUUUCAAUAACUUCACCAUCCACCUCCCAGCCCCCAUCCAAUGCCGUCUUCCUUAACCAUCCUCAUCUGAGCUAUCCUUCAUCCAUAAUCUUAUAAAUACUUGCUUGUGUUCUUCAUCUGAGCCUUUGCACGACAUUAUCGGAGUCCUGUCUCCGAGCCCACUUGGUUCCUCCUCCACCUAACCCAUCAUGGAGUAGUCCUCCUUCCUCUCUUCCUGUCCAUCUCUUUCUUGUGAUUCUCUUGAACUCCAAAGCCCAGAAACCUUAGCCACGCUUACCCCGUUUUGCACUACCCAGGUAUAGCUUUUAAUCAACUAAUCCGGUAAAAUGUCUUAGGUGGGUUUACAUAACAAGGAUAGGUGUACAAGUCAUGAGGGCUGGUAAUUAGUAUCAAAAUAAUGGAAGGGGAGGAGAACCUCUCCUAUCAGUGGACUGGGGGAGGGGUGUGGGGGGAGAAGAGGGAGGAAUGUUGGGACAGACCAAACAAGGUCAUUGAGAAGGGGGAGGGUGGGCAGGAUUGGGAGGGGACAAGGGAGGGAGCUAUAACUGGGAUACAAAGUACAUAAAUUGUAAUAAAUUAAAAAAAGAAAAAAAUAAUAAAGCUUCAGAGCAACCCCCAACACA